ACCGACCACAUGAGAGGGCAUGUCUGUAUGGAACGCCAAAGAGGCAUUUAAUGUGAUCACCGAAUCGGUGACGCACUUUCGCAAUCGGUGACUUCAAAACGAAUUAGCUGACAAAUAAUUGUGUAUAAACAGGCCUAGUGCUGUACAGUACAGCACAAAACAUACGGGAUUUGUGUGACUGCCACACAACUUCAGUUGUACUUUGUACUAUAAUUAUAAUGGGCGUGGAGAUAAAGAUCGAGACCACAGCCACAAUGCAUAUAUGAAUUGGACUGAUGAGCGUGCACUGAUUCAGUGCAAGACGGAGAACGCCGGAUUCAGAGACUUAUUUCCAUUCCCCCCUCCUGACUUGUCAGCGUUCUGUCGUUAUGGCCGUGACGUGGGCCUUUCAUUGUACGGUCUGGGGUUUUAUCUCUGCCUGUGUCACCGCGUAUGUCGUCCGUAGUUACCUGCUUGGGGACACAUCUUUGACCGGGACAGCCGCGGCAGGUAUUAUUGCCGUCUUGGGAACCCUUUCCAUGGUGAUUGCCUUCCACAUCUCAACGCUGCGAUGCUCUGAGACUCACACCUUGAAGACACUUCUUAUAGGGUAUGUCGUCAACCUUGUAAUCGACCUCUACGGCCCGUACCUCUUUGAGAAGCUGGAGAAAGCCUGGAAAGAGCCUCGCAAGGCGCAGGAAAGGUUCCUCCGAGAGCUAAUCUCCCGCGACGCAGAUACAGAGUACGGCAGACGAUACUUGACAGGCAUCCAAUCACUGCAGGAUUUCCAAGACAAACAUCCACUCACCAAGUAUGAUCACUACCGAGAUUACUUCCAGAGACUGGCAGACGGGGAGAAGAACGUCUGCGUGGCAGCCAAAGUGGACAGGUUUGGAGUCUCGUCUGGCACCACGGGAAAGGGCAAGCUUAUUCCCUUGAUAUUAAAGCCAAGUGUAGGAAUUAUCGCGAUGAUGGCCCCGAAGCGUCUGUAUAUUAACAAGUCAAGUCCCGUACAGAGGGUAGCCACCCUGUACUGCCGGCCAGCCAAGAAGUUUACCAAGUCAGGAUUACCCAUUGCUCCACUGUUCUUCGUGAAUGAUACUGAACUCACAAAACUGGGCUGCACAGCCGUUCAAAACGCACCCUUCUCCACCUUCCAGAUUUCAACGGAUUUCGAAGCCACCUACGUCCACCUCCUCUUUGCUUUGACCGACAAAAACUUGACGUCGUUCACGGCCCCAUUCACGUCGCAGGUGUACAGGGCGUUCUCCAUGCUGGAAGAUGAGCAAGACAUGUUCUUGGAGGAUCUUUCUGAAGGCAGGAUCAAUCUUAGACUGAACAUUGAUGCGGAGAUACGACGUUCGCUGGAUGCUGCAUUGAAGGCCAACCCAGCCAGGGCUGAUGAGCUGAGAGCAGAGUUUGCUCGAGGUUUUGUGGGCAUCACCGGCAGAAUCUGGCCGCAUCUGCAGGGCAUCACGGCUGUCGACAUAUCUGGAUACAUGAAAAAGCUCAACGAGAGAUACACGAAAGGGACAACGAUUUUCAGUGCAAUCUACGGCUGCACUGAGUCCCUUCUUGCCGUCAACAUGUGGAUGGACGGGAGACCGCAGCAGUAUGUGCCACUUGUCAAUGAAGUUCUGACCGAGUUUAUUCCUGAAGAGUAUAGUGAGGAGGAUAGUCCAGACACGUUGAUGAUUGAUGAGAUCGAGGUUGGAAAGCGCUACGAGAUAGUCCUCACAACCGCAUCCGGAUUCUACCGCUACCGCAUGGGUGACGUGGUCGAGGUUGUGGGUUUCCAUGAGAACUGUCCGGUCAUUCAGGUGAAAUACAGAACUGGGGAGCUCUUGAAUUUACGCAGCGAGAAGCUUGACAAGCUUGUAGUGAACAAUGCCAUACAGGAGAGCUUGACCAGCUGGCCAGGGGCAACACUGGUGGACUGGACAUGCGCAGAGAGUCCAUUGAUGUACGGGGACGAGGAGCAUGUUGAUUUUGACAUGUUGUACCUACUGUUCAUCGAGUUGGAAUCAGUGGACGGCUUCCGUUUAUCACAGGAGCAGAAGUCAUCGUUUGAUAAGUCACUUCGCAAGCAGCACGAGUUCUACGACCACUACCGCCAAGUUGGCACCAUCUGCGAGGCUCGCGUGAUGAUCGUUCGCCCAGGAUCCUUCAAGAAAUUGCAAGACUUCAUAAUAGCGACUUCCACGGCCAGUUAUAACCAGUUCAAGAUACCCAAAAAGCUGCGCACAAAGGCGACUCUGGAUCUCAUGAUGAAGUGUGUAGUGGAUGUUUAAUAUAUCUGUUAAAAAAAACCUAUAGGCUUUAUUAAGGAACCCUUAUUGUGUGUGUCUGAUGUCACACACACGUUUUGCCAAUUUUCUUUUUUAAUUUACAGUGCACAGAAAAGUGUUUAUUCUGCCUGUUCAAGCCUACCAGGUCAUGAGAAGGUGAUAUAACCCUGGCCCUGAAAAAAUAAGAAGUUGGCAUUAUCAUUUUAAUUAAAGGUGCUGAUUUUACGGGAAUAAAUAUCAUGUACUUGGCCGGUAGUAAACAUAAUGUUUAAGAUUAGUUUGAAGUCUGGAUGAUGACCAUCCAGACUCCAAACUGGUCUUAAACAUAGUGUUUAAAACCUGCCAAGCACAUACUUAUUUUCUUAUAUGAGAAGCGAAUUAAAAAAUGGUAUAGAGUGAAGAAAAAGACAUUAAAAUACAGAAAUUACCUCACCCCCCAAAAAAAAUAACGAUAAGUUGUUGUUAUACAAAGUGCGUCAACGUUCAUAGGUUUGCGUCAUUGAAUAAAUCUGUAGCAGUUUUAUGAAUUUUUGAAAUUAUUCAACUUUUUUAAAUUACGAAAUGUUUAUGUUAAUUAAAGGUUAGUUUAUAAAUUGUUAGUUUAUCUACUAGUGUUUGAUCAUCGGUUUGUACAGAAUCCUUAAUAUGAUAUUAUUCAAUAAAUAAAUAAUGUAUAAUAAUGUUAACUCAUCAAAUGCAUAAACAUUGCCUGCAAUUACAUGUACAUGCAUAUAUAUAUCACAAAAUGAUGCUUCUGAGGCUCGUAAAUUUGAAAGUAGCCACGA